AUGAAAUUAAAACAUUUAACUAUUUUUUUAUUUAUUUUUAUUUAUAGGUUUUUAUUUGUUAAAUCGGAUUGUUAUCUAAUAAACAAUGAAAGGCCGGAGACAAAAAUAACCAAAAUCCGAUGUGAUGAUCAAGUUAUUUCCAUUCUUUUAAAUCCAAAUAAUAGAACUGAUGCAACACUGGAAAAGGACACUGAUGGAAAGUUUUAUUUUGAUGUUGUUAAUUUUCCAUACAAGGAUAGACUUUGUGAUUAUACCUAUGAUAUUUAUUUUUUACCAGAAAUCCCAUCCCUUCCAUCUGUCCCCACAAUAGGAGGAUCCGUUAAUUUCACAUAUAACUAUCCUUGUACAAGUGUUUAUGGUAGAAUAAAACCUUUGAAUAUAGCAAACAAAAUUGUAACACCAUACAAUAUCAAUUUAGACCAGUUCACCAUGAGAAUACAACCAGGCUGUGGAGAUUUAAUUAUAAAUUCAGGCUCAAGAGUAAUUUAUAAUGCUUCAUAUCAAACUGGAGAUAUACCAAAUAAACCAACAAUCGAUGACCAAGGAAAUAUUACCAUUCAAGGAAGUAACCUUUACAACACCCAAAUUAAAAUUAAUUCAAAUGAUCCCGUUGAAAACCUCAACCCAACUGGAAACCUAGAUUCUACUCACUCCACCAUAGUAUUUUCAUUACCUGAAUCACAGUAUCAAGGUAACUGGACCAUUGAUGUAACAAUAUGUGAUGUAUUUUAUAAAAGUUAUCUUUACACAUUUUUACCAAUAAUCACUGUAAUGGAAGGAGUACUUAAUGAUAAUGGUGGUAAUUUAACUUUCACAGGAGACCAUCUAAGUGUGAAUCCAAGCACUACAAUAAGUGGUCAUUUUGGUGGUAAACCUAUUAGUUGUUUCGCUGGUACUUCAAAAAGUGUAAUAUGUUCCAUACCAAGUCGUUCAGAAUAUGGUGGUUCUGGUUAUGAUGUUCCUCUUAAUGUAACUAUUGGUAAAUACACAACAAAUACAAUUAAAAUAUCAUAUGAUCUUCCAUUAAUUCAAGGUGUUUCACAAAGGGGUACUUCACAGAUUUUCAAUGUAUCUGGUGUAUAUUUCUCUGGUGUAAUUAGUAUGACAAUAAUUACUGGUGCGAAUAUUAAAACUAAUAUUUUGAAAAAGCCUACUCCAACUUUAGAAGAACCUGGAUUUUUUAUUGAAAGUAAUAAUACCAUUUUCAUAUUCCUACCAAAUAAUACACAACCUGGUUUUAUGAAUCUUAUUGUUGGUGAUGGUGGUAGUAAAUCAUUUACAUCUCCAAGAUAUAAUUUCAAGAUCACUCCAACCAUUACUGCUGGCCAAAGCUUCAAAUCAAAUACAAUUGGUGGUGAUUUGAUAAUCAGUGGUAUCUUUAUGAGAACUGUAGAUUCUGAUGGUAGAGAUGUUCCACUAACAGUUAAGAGUGAGCCUGGCGGUCCUAUUUGUGAUCCAUUGAAAGAUGGCGAUGGUUUAUCCUUCACCUGUGUUUUGAAAUCUGGUUUCGGUUCAAGCCACACGAUGAAUGUUUACUAUAAUCUUUUACCAGUUGGUUCGUUCGUCGUUAGUUACAAUCCUCCAUACCUCGCAUCAAGUGAUCAAGAAAAAGAUGGUACUAUUCAAAUUAAUGGCAAUAAUCUCGGUGAAUCCGUUAGCAAUUCAAUUAUAACUGUUGUUUAUCUCGAUGGCAGUAGAGCAAAUGGUACAGUAGUAGAAAGUAGUCAUAAUCUUCUUACGUUUCAAUAUCCAGCAGGAAAUAAAAACACUGCAAGCUAUCUAUUCCAACUUGGCGAUCAAAUUAGUAAUAUGGCUGGUCCAUUCACUUUGAAACCUGUUAUUGAAAAUAAUAAUCCUGCAGUACCAUGUGGUGGUGGAAUGGUUACUAUUAAUGGUCAUUACUUUUUUAACUAUACCAAAGAUACUACAACCAUUACAAUUGGUAAAGUACCAUGUAAUAUCUCUUCAAUCAAUGUAACAACCAUUGAAUGUGUAAUUUUACCAAAUCUUAAAUCGCUUUCACCAUACUAUACAUCUGGCUCUAAACCAUUAAUAAUCUCUAGUUCAAAUUCUGCCACUGAAAAAGUCUACCAAUCGUCAAUUACUGGUUAUUCAAACUAUACAUUUGCUCCUCCAACCAUUACAAAUACAUCAGAUAUUGAUCAAACUGCUUUAAUCACUAUAUAUGGUACAUCAUUUGGUGAUGCAAAUCUUGAAAUUCUAAUCGAUGGUAAACCAUGUACACAACCUGAAAUCAACAUUCACACUUAUUCUAGUUUAACCUGUAAUGUAACCAACUAUGAUGAAAUGCUAAAAUAUAACUACUCCAAUACUAAAUUCAAUAUCAGUAUCUCUGUUGAUGGUCAAUACUUUAUUGCUCAAAUUUUCCAAUUUAAAUAUGAAUCAACAAUUAGUUAUAGUGAAAAUAAGUCAUCAGGAUUUCCAAAUGAAAUGUAUAUCGGUAUUGUUGCAAUUAUAAUAUUUUUAGCAUUAAUUUUCUUUGCUAUUAAAACACAGGUUGAAAAAUAUAUUGAAGAGAGAAGAGCCAGAAAAGCAUUUAGAUCAGUUGAUAAUCUACGUCUUAAACUUCGUGAGAAACAUGCUGCUGAAAUCGCUAAACAUUAUUCAUUUGGUUAUGAAAGCGCUCCAAAACCAAAUAAAAGUUAUUUCUAUGAUUUAGGAAAGAAAUUAUCUAGACUCCCACUCAUUAGAUGUUGUUUCAAAGAACAUACUGAUUAA